CUGUGUCACUGUCUGUGCCCGGCGCUAUAAGGAACCAUGGUGGAUCAAUUCGUGGGCACCUGGAAGCUGACUGACAGCCAGGGAUUCGAUGAGUACAUGCAGAGUCUGGGAGUCGGUUUUGCCACAAGAAAAGCAGGCGCUAUUGCAAAGCCCAACGUGAUCUUUUCUGUGAACGGUGACAAGAUCUUGUUAAAGACAGAGAGCACCUUAAAAACAUCAGAGGUGGCAUUUAAACUGGGGGAAGAGUUCGAUGAGACGACCGCAGAUAACAGGAAAACAAAGACGAUUGUGACUUGUGAUGGUGGCGUUCUGAAUCAGUUGCAGAAGUGGGAUGGCAAAGAGACCAUUAUUCAAAGAGAAAUAAAAAAUGGACAGUUGGUAGUGACAUGUACAAUGGGAGAUGUGAAGUGCGUCCGUACAUAUGAUAAGGUGAAGGCAUAAGACGAAAUCUCAGCUGAGGCUGAGGAGAGCUCAGUUCAAUGAGCCAGGCUUCAGUCACAUCAUUCAGCCCUUAAAGUUACUUUGAUUUUCAGUUUUGGCCUCUUCAUUUGAUAACUGAACAACUGUAUAAGAUUGUAUUUGAAAGAACUAAUAUAUCCAAUGUGACCUGCUCUGGAUGUUCAAUAAAAAUAUUCAACCCAUGA